UAUCAACAACCCAGCAGGAGGACUCACAAAAAACAAGGUAGCUGAUUUGGUUGCUACACUCCAAUAUUGACAUGUCUGAUAAGCAUUCAUCAACACCACCGAGGAGUCGCGCAGAAGGAAGUGAAGUAGGUGUAGCGUCAGGUUCCUCAGAUGAUGCGGCCACUUUGUCAUAUACUGCAUUUGAGCCAUCCAUGAAUCCAACACAAGAUUUGGCUGUGGGCCACACCACGUUGGAAUGGACAGCAGCAGAAGCUGUACAAAUGUCGGCGCAGCGAACCGCCACGCACUCGCUUCCUUCGCUCCUGUCCGGCCCGGACGAAAAUCGACAAGCUGUACCGACACAACCCUUGAUCCCCCCAUCGAAUAGCGUGGUUUGGCACGCAUCCGAUCACUCAAUUUCCCAAGGCUCCACUCUCACAGCAACGUCCAAGGAAUAUCUUAGUUCCUCCGAUAUCAGCCAAAGGUCGCAAGCAAGCAUCUUACAUAAUGUACACUAUCAUUCCCCUUUAGAACAAUUACAACAAAGACGUGCACAGCAAUUGAUUAUACCAGCCAGUCGACCAGAACUGGUCCCUGAAACGUCGUCUGUGGGUACCUGGUCCGACCCAGAGCAUACACCAGAAUUCCCGCGGCAUUCAACGGCAGAAGCGUUCUGGUCUACUCGAGGACACUUUUCUUCAUCAUCCGAAUCCAACAUGUCACCUCCGUCAACUUCACGACAUUUGGGACGAGAAAUAUCUGGCCUGUCCAAUAUCUCGUCGCUGUCCCAUCAAAGCACCGAACGCGAAGAAGACACCACCACUUCUUCACGGCAUAGCCACGCCUCGACGGGUCAGCACGUGGUGCAAAGCUCACAAGGUUCGUAUGCUCAAGAGAGUUAUGAAGAACAUGCCAGAGAAGAGCCACCUGAAACGCCAACUGUGGUACGGAGAGCAAUGUAUGUGCAAGGCACGUUCAUAGAAGAGAACGUUACUCCAGAAAUGCUGAAGCACACGGACGAAGACAUUGUUUGGAGCUCGUCUCCUAGUCAACGCGCAGCCGCACGACACCGUCAAAGCCAAUCGUCCCAGCCUCCAUCUGAAUCACCUUUGAAACGCACGGCUCAGCGCAAACGAGGCGCCCAAGCUCCACAUACGCAAAUGAGCUUACGGUCCACAUCCAGCGCACGCAGCCAGCGACGCCAUUACAAGAUUUUAUUUACAGGGCUUGAAAAUGGCCCAUCGCUCACUCGUGACAAAAGUUUGGUAGAUCAUUUAGGCGGACUGCUUGUGGAUGAUUGGCAUGAAUGCAGUCAUCUAGUGACUGAAGAACUUCGCACCACCAUACGAUGCCUUUGCGCCGUGGCGGCUUGUAAACCAGUUGUGUCAGUUGACUGGAUACAAGCAUGCCGAACAGAAAGUCGGUUUGUUGAUGAAACGCCAUACCUGAUCAGACCCAUCCCAUCUCAACCUGUGUUUCAAGGCAAGCGACUUUUCCUGACCGACAAAGGCGAGCUUAGUAAAUCGGACUUCCGCGAGCUAGUGACGGCUGGAGGUGGCAAGGUUCUACAUCAAGAACCUUCUGAACACUACGACGACAUCCUCAUCUUUGGCAUUCCUACUCAGCACGAUAAGCAACAUAUGCGACUCAAGGCACUGCGGUACUCCAUCUACACCAAGUCAGAACUGAUCAGAAUGAUUCUCGUAUUAUAAACGCAGCCAAUAAAAAGCUGCCUCACAAUUGCAAGUGCGACCGUAGAAUUUCAAUGCCCGAUUAACACAACAGGCUCCGUUCACCCAUCUGACUUGCCGCAGCAAAUUUAAAACCCAAAAGCUGCGUGAAAACUGGUGGCUUCCGUCAC